CAUCCCUCGCGACCAGCAGGAUCAGUUUGACUUUGGCGUUCGCGUGAAAAUGAAAAACGCGCCGGUUUCGGGGAGAUAAAGAAUCGUUACCGUCUCGAGGGUUGUGAAUCUUCGAUUUGCUCGGCUCUUCAUAAUUUUUUUUUGCCCCGAAAGAAGAUCGCGAUCCGGAUAGUUUUUCUGGCUUUUCUUUGGCUGGUGGAAUUGCGUUUGUUGAUUUGUGGCGUCGUCAAAUUACGAGUACAACUUCUAUUGCGCGUUACAACCAGUUUUUGUGAACGGUUUUGUUAGUGCUCAAGUGCAUGAUCUUUUGACAAGUCUAAUAUUUGUCGAUCCAACGGUUCAAAUUGGUGCUAACUUUGUCACCUUACAUCUUGCUAGAACUCGUGUUGUGCUCUAAAAAAAACCUCACUCAAGUGAAAAACAACGAAAAUGCGGGAGCCAAAUGAGGAAAAAUAACAACCCUUCUUAACAGACGACAACAACAACAACAACGACAACAACAACAACAACAGUGACGUCAACAAAUGACAAAGACAAACUGCGCCAUAGUCUGUUAAACUAGUCUAGUUUGGUGUUUUUCCAAUUUCCUUUCCACAAGACGUGUCUCGAACAAUGUUGGAUAGUUUAAUUUUCGGUGCUCGUUAUUUCGGAAAUGACAUUAAACCUUGUUAGGAUAAGUCAAUGCAAAGGUGCUUCGUGCGUCAUAAGACAUCUCUAAUUUUUUUUUGUAGAAGGAGGAGUGCAAGAGUGUUCGAUGACAUGUGAACAAUUACCGGUUUGUUAGAAGGCGAAAUCACAAGUUAGUAACAGCCUGCGAAAACGGGAAAAAUGACCAACGAAAAGGAUAGUAAAGACGCCUGUAGCAGGUGCAGCAGUCAUAGCAGCUGUUGUGCUGCCUGUCAUCAUUACUGUGCUCUCAACAGCCUGGAUGACAUCCAGGUGGUGGCCCUGGAUGAAGACAGUUCCAGAGCCAGUACCUCAUCAACAACAACCACAACUCUCAGUCAAUCGUUUCUGCAACGGCUCACGUUCAGCGGGCUCAUCAGCAACAAUCCCAAAAAUAGUAACAGUCACAGCCGGAACAUUUUCCUUAGCAUAGUUAAUGCUCUCGGGCAUCAUCAGCAUCAUCCUAGCAGUAUCAGUAGCAACACCCCCAAAACAAUUACUGGUAGUAGUACUAGUAGUAGCACCAGCUUAACCAGUUCUAGCAGUAGUAGUAACAAUUGUAGCAACUGUUGCCUGCAAUGUAAUCGAAUGAAUUCCGGAGGCGCCUCCACAAGCAUCAAAUCCGACAGCGUCAAGCGCAAGAUCUGAAAGUAUUCCCCCAUGCAAAAUUAUGUUCAAUGGCUUUCAUCGUUCCUCCUGGCUUGGUUUUUGCAGCUUUUCAGGCUUACGGCUUUACGCUAUUCACGGCGGCAGUUUGGCAAUUCAUAUUCUCAUUUCUGGGAUAAAAAUGGCAGAAUUUUUAAAAGAUAUUUAGGUGUAAGGAUGAUGAUCAAAUAAACAAUUUGCAGGAUAGCUUGAUUUGACUAAAACAUAGAAGCAACAUUUUUUGUUUAAAAUUCUGCAUUUCUUAGUCAUUUGAAAUAUCGAUAUUUCCAAUUUCGUUUAGAUUCCCCCCUUGGUGAUUUUUGAGAUUCAAAAAACCGAAGUUUUGAGCGCUUUGAGGCACCCCUAAAUCAAGUCCGAUUCAACUUAAACAAACUUAAACAAAUUCGUAUAAAAUCUCGAUUUUAAAAUCGUGGCUCCAUAGAGUAGUUGAUUAUAACUUUUCAACGAUUGUUCAACAUUCAAUAUUUUGUGAGAUUUAUUUUUAAUUUUAAUUCAUUUUUUUUGUCCCUUUAAGCGCCUUUGUUUUCUAUUAUUUUCAUUUCAGUGAUUUUC